AUGAGAGGCAGCGCGGACAGACCCGACAACUUGGGUGAAAAAGAACAAUUCCCAGAUCCGCGGGCUGUGCGGAAAGCAAGCGAUGCGAAUCUGAGUGGAGAUUGGCUGAUCUGGGCCGAUGCGAUGAUGGGGAAACUUCAGCAGGUGACGCCUGUGACGCUUGUCACUUUGCAGCAAGUCCUGGAGGGCCUGAAGCUGCAUCUGCAUCUCCGGCAGGCUGGGAGCAGCGCGGCAAUUGCGGUGCGGAAGGAUCGCAGUUUCAUGGUUAAAAGACGGCCCCACGACGCAUGCGACACGCCUACGCUGACCAGCAUGGUGGCGGAUCAGACGGGAAUCCAGCAAGACGCAGCACUUGUCGCAGACAGACAGCCCGCUGUCCUCCGCGCUGCCAACCAGAAUUCGAGACGGAGCUGCGUGCUGGGCGCCUUCCUUGCCGCCGCCGAUGGACGAAGCACCGUACGACAGCCCCGAACGGUGAAGCCGCUGCUGCUGACGCAGCGCGGAUGUGGGCAGCAAGGCAUGAUGAUAGAUGCUCAGCGACGCUCUGCUACUCUAUUCGCCUUCCCGGGUCAAUCGCCCACCAGGAUACUCCGCGCACCCUCAGCCCUGGGCCUCGCCACUGGAAAAGGAGACGGCAACAAUGCAGGUGGCCGUCACAGUGCGGAGGCGGUGGGUGCGACCCUAACGGGCACGCGGGGCAUGGAAAAGAUGGCACCCUAUUUCUACAACAAGCUGUUUCGUGUGUGCACUUGUCUGCCACUGCUUCGAGUGCUUCAAUGCAUUUUCAAGAAUCUGAAGGAGAUAGAAGCCCUUCACCCUGGCCUUUGUGGAAACUCGUUGGAGCUACCCCAAGCAGUGGCAGACAGGGGUACAGACGAGACAUAG